AUGCUCAGGCCACGGACAAAAUUAGAGUGGGCUUACUUUGGUGUUACGACGUCGCAAGCCAUUGUCGUCACCGCCCUGCAGCUCACUAUACUGUUCAACUAUCUUGACUGGACGCAUCCAUGGGCAUAUCAAGUGCCUAUUUCAUACACAUAUCCUAUUUCCAUUGCUGUGUUUGUCGGUGGUUGCGUGUAUCAGGCCAUUUUAACACUCGAUGCCUUCCGGAUCAAGAACAACAUCCAACUGUUUGCUCAAUGCGUCUGCAACAUAUCCCUCGCAAUCUCCUCUACCAUGCAGUAUUCACAACUUAUGCAUGCAGCUGAGCGAGUUGGCAAUGGCCGCGCUAGCUAUCCCGACGAGCCUUUUACCAAGGAUAGACCUUUCUGGACGCAAACAAAUCCACUCCUCAUUAUCUGCAUCAUCGUUUCCAUCGCCUGCACUAUUGCGAUGGUCUUCCUAGCGUACAAGCUCCACCAAGAGUUUGCAUGGGCACUGUACAAAGACAUCAGCGCAGACCUCAACAUCCGGAGCCGAUACUUUGCUUAUCAGGUCUACCUCGUGCUGAUCAAGCUCUCUUUCUUCUUCAUGUUCUGCUUCAUCAUCAUCUACGCAUUCGUCAACGUCCACUACGAGCAACCCGAAUUCUCCCUCACCAUCGCCGUCAUCCCCAUCUCGCUCAUCCAAGUGGGCCUCGCCGUCUACUACACCCGCAUGGAAGCCAAAAUCGGCAUGUGCGUGACUAUUGUCAUCUACUUCUGCGCAAUCGCCUACCUCAUCUCCCGCAUGAUCGUCCUGUGCGGCACCGGCCGCCGCUCCGCCUCCGUGCUGAAAGACGAGCAGCUGCUCUUCCUCGGCGUCGCCAUCGUAUUCCUCUUUGCCGCCGCCGGCGCCGCCGUCCAGUGCAUGUUCAACUUCAACAAGGGCCUCAAGCCCAUCCUGCUCGGCCAGACGCAGCGCAAGGGCCCGGCUCCGGUCACGGACGAGGAAAGCGAGUAUUACUUCCAGCGCCUGAAUUACGCCCCUAGCACCGUGGACUUGAACAGGAGAUUUGCUCUGGAUUGA